AUGAACACCAGAAAAUCUCCCAUCCAUCUUGGCCCAGGCCUCACACCCCGCGAAGCAGCCGUCGAUGCCAUGUACCGCCUCGUACACGGCCUCGACUUCAACGACGCAGACCUUGUCCGAUCAGCCUUCGUCGAGGAUGCCAUUCUCGAUAUCUCAGGCCUCUCCCCAGCCACAGGCCGAGACCACCCGGAGCAAAAAGGCGUGGAUAACAUCGUCAACGGUGUGCUAGCUCACGUAGGACCGAUGCCAACCAGUCACAACAUCAACAAUGUCCGGGUCAAACUCAACGAUAGCAUGGAUCAAGCUGAAGUCACGAGCUAUGUGAUUGCACAGCAUUUCCGUCCUGGGGAGGGACAUGACCCGAGUAAGCGGGAUUAUGUUCUGUUCGGGAACUCGUACUGGGCGGAUGUUGUCAAGGUUGGAGAGGGAGAUGAUGCGCUGUGGAAGAUGAAGAGGUUUGAGGCUCAGAACAUCUGGGCUGAAGGAGAUAUGAGUGUUUCCGAUGUCAAGACUUGGAAGACGUAG